ACGGCAGCUACGAGCCUAAGAAAGCAACUAACCAACACAACUCUUUUCCUUUCCUUUUAUAAUCUGUCCACAGAAGCUACCACACAGGCCAGGGAGAGAUAAUAAUCCGUUUUCUCUUCAUCUCCAUUCGCUCUUUUCUCAAUUUUCACGGUUUCUCCGACGAGAUUAGAGCUGCUUGAGGUCAGAGAAUAAUCAUCUGUAUUUUUUAGAUUUUCUUUUUUCGCUUGAUUGAAUAAUUUUGACUAUGUUCUUAAAUUUGCGGUCAGAGGACCAGAGAAUUUCGUGGAAAAAUUUCGAAAUUCAUUUGCUGUUGUUGCCAAGGUAUUGCUUGGUUGCAUUUCAUCGGAUUCUGUUUGGAGUUCUACUCCUACAUGUUUCAAUUCUAACUUUUUGUUUUUUUUUUUUCCCGGUUCAAGAUUUGAAAAAAUGACUCGUUGAAUUCCAAUUUGCAUCUCAGUUUACUGCUUCUUCUUCUUCGUGUUCUUAUUUUUUUCUGGUGGAUGCAGGGAAAUUUGAUUGUAAUGCCUUGUUUUCGGUAAUAUUUGUUAAAAUAAGUUACUGUGUUAUUUGCUUUUUGGAUUGUGCGCAACCUGCGAAGAGAUUUCUGUUGGUUACAGGGCUACAUUUAGACAACAUCGCAAAACAGCCGAAAACUCUAAAUCUUGGAGGACAAAAAUCCAAGCGCCAUCGUCAUAGUUAGGUGUGGCUGAUUGUAAUACAGAUAAUCUGCACAUGGAGUCAGUGAGGAUUCUUCCAGAGGCCACAAACAUUCCUGGAAAGAGACUCUGAAUUCUCACUCGCCAAGUCUUUUUGAUGCCAAAGGCGAGAGAUGGGGGCCGCUGAUGAUGAGGAGCUGGUACAGGGGUCGCGUGAUGGUGAGGAGAAAAUUCUGGUUUCAGUUCGGCUGAGGCCUUUAAAUGAUAAGGAAACUGCAAGAAAUGAUGUAUCGGAUUGGGAAUGCAUCAAUGACAAUACUGUCAUGUAUAGGAAUAAUCUUUCAGUUUCUGAGAGGUCCAUGUACCCAACUGUCUAUACAUUUGACAGAGUAUUUAGGCCGGAUUCCUCCACAAGGCAGGUGUAUGAGGAAGGAGCCAAGGAAGUUGCACUUUCGGUUGUCAAUGGUAUAAACUCAAGUAUAUUUGCAUAUGGACAAACAAGUAGUGGAAAGACAUACACCAUGAGUGGAAUUACAGAGUACACUGUAGCAGAUAUUUAUGAUUAUGUAAAAAAGCAUAAGGAAAGAGAAUUUAUUCUGAAGUUUUCUGCCAUGGAGAUUUACAAUGAAUCUGUCCGAGACCUCCUUAGUUUGGAUACAACUCCUCUUCGACUUCUAGAUGACCCUGAGAGAGGAACAGUUGUUGAAAGACUCAUAGAGGAAACUCUGAGGGACUGGAAUCAUUUUAAAGAACUUCUAUCAAUCUGUGAAGCUCAAAGACAAAUAGGGGAGACUUCUAUGAAUGAAACAAGCUCCAGAUCUCAUCAGAUUCUGAGACUGAUGAUUGAAAGUUCUGCACGUGAAUAUUUAGGCAAUGGCAAGUCAAGCGCCCUUGCAGCUGGAGUGAAUUUUGUUGAUCUAGCGGGAAGUGAGCGUGCAUCUCAGUCUUUGUCAGGUGGCAUGAGGUUGAAAGAAGGGUGCCACAUAAAUCGCAGUUUACUGACCCUGGGGACGGUUAUCCGUAAGCUAAGCAAAGGAAGAAAUGGACAUGUUCCUUUCAGAGAUUCAAAGCUGACCCGCAUACUACAGUCUUCCUUAGGAGGCAAUGCUAGGACUGCCAUCGUUUGUACUAUAAGCCCUGCACGAACCCAUGUUGAGCAAUCUAGAAACACACUCCUGUUUGCAAGUUGUGCUAAAGAAGUGACAACUAAUGCACGUGUCAAUCUGGUUGUGUCUGAUAAAGCAUUGGUGAAGCAACUGCAAAAGGAAUUAGCUAGAUUGGAGUGUCAGUUAAGAUGUACAGGGUCCAAUUCCCUUACAUCGGAUUCCACAGAAUUACUGAGAGAAAAAGACCUUCAGAUUGAAAAGCUAAUGAGUGAGGUUGCAAAGCUGAAUCAGCAACUAGAACUUGCUAAUUCUCAGGUUGAGAAUCUAUUAAGAGCGGCUGAAGAUGAUGGAUCUUCCACAAUAUCAGCAUAUCAAGAUCAUCAUUACCCUAGAUUGCGAGUGCGAAAUUCAUUUAAAUCUGAAAAUUCAAUAUCAUAUUCACCUGCCUCAGAGGAUCCUCACUUCCUAGAUAUUGGUGUCAGGUCUUUUAAUGCAUCUCAGUGCUCUGCUGGAGACUAUAGUACCAAUUCUGAAGAGAAUUUUAUCCAACUUGUAGAAUUUGAAGACAGUUGCGUUCGAACAAAUUCCUUUCCUAAACUUUCAACCUGUACUUCUAAUUUUGUUGGUGAUGUUAUACAUGUGAAGGAUAGUGAAGAACUGAGUUGUGAGAAUCCAAGCAAUCCUUGCAAGGAAGUACAAUGCAUCACGGUGGAAGAGUCAAGUGAAGACAAAUAUGCAAAUUCACGAUUGUCAGAGAAUAGCCCGCACAGAUAUGUAGAAUCUAAUGCUUCAUCUCCUAAUACAAAUACAUACACCUCAGAAUUGACAGAGGUUGAGAAAGAAGAUAAAGAAAAUCAAGAAUUAGGGUCACCCCAAUUGAAGGAAGAGAAAGAGCUGAAUUGCUUACAUUUUAAUGAGAUUAACACUUCAUCUCCUAAUAUGGAUAGAUGCGCCUUAGAAUUGACAGAGGUUGAGAAAGAAAAUAAAGAAAAUCAAGUAUUAGGGUCACCCCAAUUGAAGGAAGAGAAAGAGCUGAAUUGCUUGCAUUUUGAUGAAUCUAAUGCUUCAUCUCCUAAUGUAAAUACAUGCACCUCAGGAUUGACAGAGGUUGAGAGAGAAGAUAAAGAAGAUCAAGCGUUAGGGUCCCCCCAUUUGAAGGAAGAGAAAGAGCUGAAUUGCUUGCAUUUUGAUGAAUCUAAUGCUUCACCUCCUAAUAUAAGUACAUGCACCUCAGAAUUGACAGAGGAUGAGAAAGAAGAUAAAGAAAAUCAAGAAUUGGGGUCACCCCAACGGAAGGAAGAGAAAGAGCUGAAUUGUUUGCAUUUUGAUUUUAUAAUACCAUCUCCCGAAAGACCAUCUCCACGGUCGUUGGAUGAAGAAGCAUGUAGGUCUAGGAGCUUGAAGAUGAUCAGGAGUAGAAGCUGUAGAGCAAGACUAACGAGUAUGCCAACAUAUUUGUUUGAAAAGGUAGAAAAGAAAGAAAACACACCAUUUAUAGGGUUUGAAAAAGAUUUCACCAGGAGAAAUGAUGGUUCUCAUAGAAAGUUCUCUGCACAAAAGAAUUCUUAUGAUGUUGAAUUAUCAAGAAAUGACUCAUCGACUUCUGUGGGCAGUGCCACUGUUGAUGAUUAUCAAUUGCAUAGUAUUGAAACUUCAAUUGAUUGGAAGAGUACCAGUAUCAGUAAGUCAGAUGCAGGAACGAAGUACUUGAUUGAUCAAUCUGAGCAAGAAACAAAAUCAGAAGCCAUUGAUUCAAUAAAGAGUGUAAAAAGUGUUGGGUUGGAUCCAAUUCAAGAUGACUUAGAGAGUGCUGUGAAGUGGGCUUCAGAAUUUAAGAGGCUUCAACAGGAAAUUAUUGAACUUUGGCAUGCUUGCUGUGUCUCACUGGUUCAUAGGACAUACUUCUUCCUGUUGUUUAAGGGUGAUCCAAAAGAUUCUUUCUACAUGGAGGUUGAGCUUAGGAAGCUGUCCUUCCUCAAGGAGACAUUUUCUCGUGGUCAUGAAACUCUGGUUGAUGGAAGAAGUCUAAGUCUCGCUUCAAGCAAGAGGGCUUUAAAUCAAGAGAGGCAGAUGCUAUGUAGUCAAAUGCAGAAGAGACUCUCUAAAGAAGAAAGAGAGAACAUUUUCCUGAAAUGGGGCAUCUCAUUGAGUUCAAGCAAUAGGAGGAUGCAGGUGGUCCACCGCCUGUGGACUGAGACAACAGACAUGGACCAUAUUACCCAGAGUGCCACUCUUGUUGCGAAACUGGUUGGCAUUGAAGGCCAAGAACAAACAUUGAAGGAAAUGUUUGGACUUCUCAAUUUUACACCACAGCACCUAAGCAGGAGGAAAUUUUCUAUUUGGAUGCGCAGUGUGUUGUCUAUUUUGUAAGCUUUUUGUGGAGUACUGUAGGGUAAAAAUUUCAUGGCUAAUUGAUGAUUCGGACAGCACCAACAAUACACAUAGUUAGGUAUUAAAUUUAAGGUAUUUUUCUUAUUUGCAUUUUCUCAUUCUCAUUGUAAUUGGUUGUGAGAGAGCUUGUAAAUCUGUUAAUGAUAGAAAUAACGUGUUAUUGCCAGGCUAAUUCUUCUACUUCCUCCUUAGAAUUUUCAUAUUCUUUUUCAAGUGUAAUCAAAAGGAAAAUAUGUAUAAACGAGCGUGUUUCUUAUGGUUC